UUGCCGAUAUGACACCAGGAGGUGUCAUCAUUAGCGGUGGUUUUACUUCACUUCUUUCUCAAGUCCAAACAAGAAUUGAGAACUUGAACCGUGCAGGCACAUUCAAACGACACAGAUCAUACAGACCGUCUGGACAACUGCUGAAGCCAAGUGAUUCUUACGGAUGCAAACAAUUUCAGCCGGAACUGCCACUAGAAGAAACCAGUGAUACAGUGGAUCAGAAGCAUCAACAAUUGGUGAACAUCUACAGGCAGGAAGGUAUUCAGGGUGGUGAGAGGGCAGAAGUGAUAGACCUCAUGAAAAAAACAUUCUGUCUUCAGUGUAACCAAAUCAAUCAGUCUCCAGCACCUACCAUUGAAGAUUUUAGAAUCCAGUGGCCUUACCUUUUCACCCAAAGGGGUAUCUACUGUCACUUUGAGAAACUUACCGACAUUAGCGUAUUGCGGGCCUUGGAGUUAUCCAUAUCAGAAUGUGGACAAAGAAUAGAGAAGUAUUUCAGGACAAAGUCAAAGAAAAAAGAGGAACAGUCUGUCGUAUCCGAGGGGGAGGAUGUGGAGAUCACCCUCCGUGUCAUCAAGCUGCUGAUGUCCUACUUUGAUGAGGACACAGAGGGACUGAUACUCCUUGCUGAUGGAAGUAUAGUGUAGCAUUAUUUUGUCUACUGUGAC